UCCCUCUCUUCUUCUUCUACUUCUCUGUGUGUCUUUAGAUAAGCGCAACAGCAUGCAGGACAAGACCCCCGUGGCGCUCUCUCCCUCUCUCCCUCAGGGCGGCGGAGACGGCCUCUACUUCCACGACGGCAGGCGCAAAGUCGACUACGUCCUGGUGUUCCACCAGCGGCGGCACGGCUCCAUACGAUCCCGCGCCAGCACCUCCAUGUCGCACGACAGGCUGUCCAUCGUCUCCAACGGGAACUUCCCGCCGCCGGCGAGCUCGGACGCCGGGAGAGGCGGGGCCGUCGUGCCGGCGGGAGGGGAGGCCGUCGGCGAGGUGUCCGUGGAGUUCGGCGACGCGGACGGGAACGAGCCGACGGAGCCCGCCGACCACGAGAUGCAUCUCGUCAGGCAGGAAUUUGAGGCCAACUUGCUGGAUGCCGGCCUGGAGAUAGAGAGAGACAGAGAGUUGAAGAACCACGGCUUCACCCGCCUCCACGCGUCCUGGCCCGUCCUGUGUCGGGAGGCCGAGUUCCUCAAGAUCAAAGUCCCCACCAAGACGAGCUACGAGCUGAAGGUGGAGCGUGGCUUUGGGUCCAGCAUGUCCAGCGUGUGGAGGAAGAUGAACCAGCCGUUUCAGCCCAAAGUGCCGCAUCAGGACCAGGAGAGCACCAAGUUCCUCACACACUGCUUCUCCAGGGACAAGCUGCACCUGUACAACAUCACCUCUAAAGAGGCGUUCUUCGACAACGCCACGAGAGGCCGCAUCGUAUACGAGAUCCUGAGACGGACAGUAUGUGUACGGACCUGUCAAACCAUAGGCAUCAGCACGUUGAUCGCUAAAGGAGUGUAUGACGCCGCCUUCCCUCUGCAUGAUGGCGACUACAAGGUCAUCGGACACCUCGAGGAGAGGAGCGACAGACAGGUGCUGCACGACGAGUGGGCCCGAUACUCGGCCUUCUACAAGUACCAGCCCAUUGACCUGGUCAGGAAGUACUUCGGGGAGAAGAUCGGCCUCUACUUCGCGUGGCUCGGCGUUUACACCCAGCUGCUGAUCCCGGCCUCCGUCGUGGGCAUCAUCGUGUUCUGCUACGGCGUGGCCACGGUGGACUCCGACAUACCCAGUCUGGAGAUGUGUGACGGGCGUCUGAACUUCACCAUGUGUCCGCUGUGCGACGGCGCCUGUGACUUCUGGCAGCUCAGCACGGCGUGCGGCACGGCGAGGGCGUCGCACCUCUUCGACAACCCCGCCACCGUCUUCUUCGCCAUCUUCAUGUCGCUCUGGGCGGUGCUUUUCCUGGAGCACUGGAAGCGUCGCCAGAUCAGUUUGAGCUUCAGUUGGGAUCUGACCGGCAUCGAGGACAAUGAGGAACACCCGCGGCCGAAGUACGAGACCAUCCUCCGCCAGAAGAGGCAGAGGAAGCAGAACGCUUUGAAGAAGAAGAAGAAGAAGACCGAGGCUGCCGCAGAGAAGCUGAACUGGAAAGACCGUCUCCCCGGAUACUUCAUCAACGUCUCCUCCCUCCUCUUCAUGUUCGGCUUGACGUUCUCCGCCGUCUUCGGCGUCAUCAUCUACCGCAUCACGGUGUCGGCCCUGAUGGCGAUGAGCCCCGACCCGGAGACCAAGUCCAACGUGCGGGUGACGGUGAUGGCCACCGCGGUCAUCAUCAACCUGGUGGUCAUCCUGAUCCUGGACGAGAUCUACGGCGCCGUGGCGCUGUGGCUGACCGAGCUCGAGAUUCCUAAAACGGAAACCACCUUCGAGGAGCGCCUCAUCCUGAAGGCCUUCCUGCUCAAGUUCAUGAACGCGUACGCGCCCAUCUUCUACGUGGCCUUCUUCAAGGGACGGUUUGCCGGUCGACCCGGAAACUACGUGUACGUCUUCAACGACUAUCGGAUGGAGGAGUGUGCGCCUGGAGGCUGCCUCAUCGAGCUGUGCAUUCAGCUCAGCAUCAUCAUGCUCGGGAAGCAGCUGAUCCAGAACAACAUCUUUGAGAUCGGCAUCCCGAAGUUGAAGAAGCUGGCGCGAGCGCUGAAGGACAAAGGACCGGCGGAGAAGGAGCUGGAGGAGGAGAGGCCUCCGCAGCAGUGGAACCUGGACUACGCCCUGGCCCCUUUCGAGGGCCUCACCCCUGAAUACAUGGAGAUGAUCAUCCAGUUCGGCUUCGUCUCUCUGUUCGUGGCUUCGUUCCCGCUCGCCCCGCUCUUCGCUCUGCUCAACAACGUCAUCGAGAUCCGACUGGACGCCAAGAAGUUCGUGACGGAGCUGCGCAGGCCGGUCGCCGUGCGCGCCAAAGACAUCGGUAUAUGGUACAAUAUCCUGAGUGGAAUGGGAAAAUUCUCAGUCAUCAUAAAUGCCUUCGUGAUCUCCUUCACGUCCGACUUCAUCCCGCGGCUCGUCUACCAGUACAUGUUCAGUCAGACGGGCACCAUGCACGGCUUCAUCGACCACACGCUCUCCUACUUCAACGUGUCCAACUUUAAACCCGGCACCACACCGCAGAACCUGGAGCAGGGGAGCAUCACCGUCUGCCGGUACAAGGACUACCGGGAGCCGCCCUGGUCUCCGGACGCCUACAGCUUCUCCAAACAGUACUGGUGCGUCCUGGCCGCCAGGCUGGCCUUCGUCAUCCUGUUCCAGAAUCUGGUGAUGUUCCUCAGCCUCAUCGUUGCCUGGGGGAUCCCCGACGUUCCCAAAACCAUCGUGGAGCAGUUCAAACGGGAGAAGAAGCUCCUGGUGGACGUCUUCCUGCGGGAGGAGAAGGAGAAAUUCCAGCUCAUCAAGAGCCUCUUCUCCAAGGACAAAAGCCUCCACCCGCUCCACCCGCUCCACCCCACCCACGGCUCGCAGCUCCCGGGCCGCUUCAGCACGCUGCCGUCGGGUCCGACGCUGGGCCUUCCCGGGGACGGCGGCGUGCCCAGGGCGCGCAGGGCGGCCAGCUUCAGCCAGUUCACCCCGUCGCCCAGGAACGAGAACGAGAAUUCCCGCCACACGGUGGUGUGACGGCGCUGAUCCGGUCCUUGAGAGUCUCACCCCGUGUCCUUCGUGUCCCGGUGUCUCCACACAGGAGUUCUGCGUGGUCAGAGCAUCAUUUGGAACAAUGGCUGAACGUGGUCGUCCACAGCGGUCCAAUGAGGCGCUGCGUGUUGUUCCCAAAAUAAUUUGUUCCCUUUCUUUGGUUGUUUUUUGACAAAUCAAUGAUUUAGUGAGGCACACUUACUUCAUAGCGUAGACGAGCAAUAAUUACAGUAUUAGUCCGAACAAUCGAAUAUUCCGAGAACCUGGAAGAGACUAGAGCUAAAGAAAGAACUUUAAAUGGACAGAUUGAGUGAGAUUGGCGGACACUGAAUGGACGGACAUGGGGCUCCUGGUCAGAACCAUCCGGCUUCAUGCGCUGACGCUCUUUAAUGUAGCAGCUACGACUCUUUUCAAUACGUGGUGCUGGAAGCACACAUGAGCGUCCCACUUCCUGUGUCCCACUUCCUGUGUCCCAUCCGGUUCGUCUCCGUAGAAUUCAGGCACUACUAAGAAUCCCAUUUUUUUCAAACCUUCCUGAAGUGGUCGUGUUAGUCGAGGCACACGUCGUGCCGCUCUGUCUGACGGGCGCAUGCCAACGUGGCGCGCGGCGCAUGCCACUCGUAGAUUGUAGUCCCAGCUGUAGUUUUUUAGGAAUAGACUGCGAAGCAAAACGUGUUUGUGUUCCUCCCUGUUAGCCAUAUGGACUUCACAGCUGUCAACAGCAUGAAAGGACUCAAUAACUUGGGAAUGCAAAAAGAAAGCCCACUCUGUUGCAAACUGUGAAUGGCGUUAAGCUAGAUUGAUCUUAUCAUGUUAUUACACUGUUUGUAUCGCCAUGGGAACAAAUACGUCCCUUGGCAAUCCUUCCUUCAUUAUGAAAGCUCUUAAAAAAACAGACUUGUAAGCAUAUUUUAUUUUGUACAGCUGCACCAUAUAACUCUGACUGAGACGCAGUCAUUCUUCCUCCUGAUCGAUCGGACCAUGUUUAGAUCAUAGAUAAUAGCGUGUUAGCGAGCUAACAUGGGCCUCCAGUAUCUGAUCGAUAUUGCUGAAUAGUUGUUUACUACUUGUUAGCAUACUAAUUCAAUUAGCUUUUGCAUGUAAAAGUAAAACUGAAAUUGUUAAUUCCCAAUUUUUGUGCAAGGAAAUAUAAGCUAUAAUGAUAUUCAACUCGUGCAUAAUCUUCCAUUGUUUGUCCGAGAAAGGAUGAAGCCCGACCUUUGGCAAAGGUUAACCGACGUCCAUGUGUGUCAUUAAGGUAAAUACUCGUGGAGACACGGAGAUUUAACAACAUGUUUGGAAAUUUGGUUUCAAGUAAAUCCCUUGGUCAACAUGUUCCCAAGACAACACGACCGCUCAGUGAGGACUCCGUGACACGCUCACUUGAGAUGUCCCCCCUGGACGUGGUGAUCAAGGUGUUCUGCUGGUUCCUGUCACUCCAGAUGUGAUCGCUACCUUAAUUAAGCUGUUUUUAGAAGUUAUUAAAUACAUGAUUGUUA